AUGGAAGGCUCCCCUGAUUGCGGCAUGGAAAAUGUGAUCAACUGUCUCGUGGAGCUCUCCCAGCUCUACCAAUCGUCAAACUAUUUCCCUACAGAAUUUAUCAUCACGCAGCUGUUGAUCAUGGGCCGCGAUCGGCGUCUCCCGCCCACCUUUUACACGCGGCUGAUGGACAAGAUGAAGCUGCAACUCGACACCUUCCUCCGCUACCUGUGCAAUGAAUUCAACUCCGACCGCAUCUGGCGCCACAACGAGAUCGCCUUCGGCUGGAUUCUGACACUGGCCGAGGCGGUGAUGGAGCGUUUCAUCGACAACAACGAGGAU